AUGCCCUCGCAGCAGAAGCGCUCGGUGGCCUCCGAGCUGCUCGUGAACGAUCGCAUCCUUGUUGUUCCAGCGCCACCCCUGUCCAUUGCCACCGUCGGCGAUGUGGUGUGGAUCACCUUUUCAGACGGAGAGGUCGAGGUGCGCAACAGGCGUACCGGUGAGGUGGUGCGUCGCUUUGAGCCGGCCCUGUCCGCAGUGCCAGCAUCGGACCCCACCGACUUGGCUGCCGUCGGUUUCUUGUCGAGCGUGACAAAUCGGAUGUCUGCCGUCGGCGUCGGCGGUGCAACCGACGCGUCCUCGCCACUGAAGCGACACAGCCACAAGGAUACCGCGACCACGCUCACCGUCCACAGCACCGCCGUUGUUCGCGCACUUCUCGCGGUGCCGACGGCGGACGGUGAAACGCACGUGUGGAUGGGCCUGUCCAACGGCUGCAUUGAGGUGCAUGAUGGGGAGACGUUUCCUAGCCGCAGUGGCGAGACCGCCGUCGGCGCGUCGAAUCGCCCUUCCACAGGCAGCCUGAUCUUUCUGCUCCGCAAGCAUACCGCAGCCGUGACGAGCCUGGCGGAGUUCGGCGGCUACGUCUACUCGGGCAGUGAAGACCACCAGAUUCUGCAGUGGCGGGCGUGCCAAUACAUGUACGCCCGCUUCUUCAGAAGCCACUGCCCGCAUGAUGGACCGGUGCGCUGCUUGUACGCCGAGGGCAACGCACUUGUCUCCGGAUCUGACGACUGCACGGUGAAGGUGUGGGACAUCGGCGAAGGUGACAUGCGACUGACAGGGUACUUCCACUCGCACAGCGAUGGGGUGCUGGCGCUGUGCCGUGUUGGGGAGCUCAUGUGGUCUGGCGACGCCUCUGGGCAGGUGGUGCGGUGGCACCUUCGCACCUGCGAGGCAGUCAGCAUCCAUGCCCCGCACAGUGGUCGCGUGCUGUCGCUCUGUCGCGUCGGACAUCGGGUCUACUCCGGCUCCUCGGACGGCACCAUGGGCAUUUUCGAUGCUGCCAGUGGGCAGCUGCUACAACGCAUCACGGAUCAGGCACUCGGUUGGGUGACCGCAGUCGAGUGCCCUGCCAAACUGUCCCGCUUUGUGGUGUGGUCUUGCAGCGCUGAUGGGGCGGUGCGGUGCUGGUACCAGGACGAGUACGCGAGCAUGUCAGCAGACGAAGCGCGCUUCGACGAUGGUUCGUGGUACGACUCAGGCUCCACCCCAUACCGUGAGUUCCGCGCCUCUGUGGGGCAGCGCACGCAGCGGCUGAAGCAGCAACUCGAAGCCAUCGAGCAUCGUGACAAUCAAGCCAUGGCGCUGCUGCGCCACUGCAGCACGGUUUUCGGCGGCAGUGUCUCGGAGCGCGAGAUGCAGCAGCGGCGGCUGCAGGACCAGCUCGCUCAGCUAGGAGAAAGGUGCCGCGUCGCGGAGGAGCGUCUGGCAACAAAACGCAGCAACAUAGCUCAGGUGGAUCGCGAUAUUGCGGCGGCGCUGGCGCUGCUUCAAAACACGCGAUGUGAACUGAAUCUGCUCAUUCCUGGCGAAGCGGAGCGGGUGCUGUCCAGCAUGCCGGCGGUGACCACAGAGGAUCUCGUCGCUUACACACCAACGCCAGCGUUGGCGAUGCUCGGCACGAACGCCACCGCACCGUCUAUCACCACAACCACCACCGAUGGUUUCCCAACGGUUGCUCCACCACCCCUCUCGUCAUUGAGUCACCCCCUGCCACCCCCCACAGUGACAGUACCGGGAUCUGCAGUGGCAGCAUCCGCAUUACCGCUGCCGCCGGCAGCCAUCACAUCAACCUUAGGUGUGGGCGGACCGCUGUCAGGCGUACCACUGCCUCUCCCGCCACCCGUGGCCGCGGUACCGCGUCUGGAAAGCGACGGCAUCGCCGUGCCAGCCCCGGGAAGCGCCAUUGCACUACAGCAGCAGCCCUCAGUGCCCACAGCCGGUGCGUCUGUGCCAGCGUUGACCUCAGGUAUAGUUCCAGCUGUCGGCACUGCAACGACAGUUGCUGGGGCGAGUACCGGUAUGGGCGCUGCGGGUACGGGUGUGGGUGUGGGUGCCAGCAUGGGUGCUGCAGGUGUGGGCGCUGCAGGUGCGGGUUUGGGUGCCGGCGUGGGUGCUGCAGGUACGGGUACGGGUGUGGGUGUGGGUGCCGGCGUGGGUGCUGCGGGUACGGGUGCGGGUGUGGGUGCCGGCUCUACUGGGGCGGGCAGUGCACCUGCAGGAGUUGGUGCAGAUGCUGCCGCAGCGGAAAAGAGCGCUGGCCCGUCCCUAUAUCCAGACGACGGCUUUAGAUGGACGAACCCGCACGUCGGCAAUUACAUUCAGCGCCGCUACUACGGCGCCUCGCCGAGUCUGCGCACGACAGAUUUAAUGAAGCGGGAGCGGCGCCGCGGACGUCUGCCGCGGGUGAAGGUUGAGGCGCUGCAGCGAGACCGCUCUCGUUCCCGUUCAUCGCCAACCGCCCUCGAGGCGAAAUCCCGCUCCGCCAGUGACAAGGCGAAGCGAGCGACAACCACCACGAAAACGGCAACAACUGUGGUAAAGACGAGCUCAACGAAGGCAGCUGCAUGA